UUGACAUUGCUCGAAUGUUGGUAAUGCACAUGUGGUGCUGCGCGACAGUACGAGAGGCUAUGAGCUGUAAUUCCACAUGAUGUGCAUGGGACGACAACAGCCUUUCCUUACAGGACCCAUGCAAACGCUUUAAAAUCACUUUUAAGGAAAACUAAAGAAAGGAAGAUGGUUUUUCCUCACGCGCAAAUGGAUCGGGGACAAAUCGGACGCCUGAAACGUGAGAAGUGCGCCAGAUUGCGACUAUGACUUUACUGUUGAGUCUAGUGCGUUUGCAGCUUAUGAUCAGUAGAAUCGAGAUGCGCUGAACGCGACACAAUACAGGAACGCAACGCAAAAAGAGGAAUGCAAUACUUUGUUUGUUGUCGGUUAAGUGAAGCCUUUUGGCAAGGAGCGGAGAAAUCUUGUUGGACAGAAACGAUGUGAAAUGCUCUCUCUGGAACGGAGUCUGCAUUGGGAACAACAUGACACGGACGCACUUUUGCUGUCAUUAACGGGGACAAAUCAGACCACCAUAGCGGCAAUCCGAUCAAUAGCCUAUCGAUAGGAUCAUAUAUAAGGCUAAUCAUCACGCAUGCAUAUGCUUGCUUAACCUGUUUGGGAGAGUAUGCUGUGGGACGAUGAACAAACUGCUGACAAGUCAUAUUAUGUUCAUUGGGAAGAUCUGUGGGAGUUCAUGGAUCUAUUUUCGAGCUCCUCAAAAGAUUUUUACAUUGAAAUUAUGAUAUGUGUUUUGCAAGAUGACUGCUACAGUCAGCAUAGCGUCAGACAAACCAGAUCAACUAGUUGCUCUGAUUCCUGUGUAAGCACUCUCGGUUUGGUGUGGAAUUAUGGGGUGACUGCUCAUUCGACUCGAUGAAAAAGCCAUGGAUGUGAACUACUCCACGGUCCUGGACAGCAGUGUGUCGCAGCGCGAUUCGUCGAAGCGUGUUCUGACUGGUUGUUUCCUCUCGCUCCUCAUCCUGACCACGCUACUGGGCAACACUUUGGUCUGCGUUGCGGUUACAAAGUUCCGCCACCUGCGCUCAAAAGUCACCAACUUCUUUGUUAUAUCGCUGGCUAUUUCUGACUUGCUGGUGGCCAUUUUGGUGAUGCCAUGGAAAGCGGCCACCGAGAUUGUAGGGUUUUGGCCAUUUGGCGCCUUCUGCGAUGUCUGGGUGGCCUUUGACAUCAUGUGUUCCACUGCCUCCAUCUUGAAUCUGUGCGUCAUCAGCGUGGACCGCUACUGGGCCAUUUCUAGCCCGUUCCGCUACGAGCGCAAGAUGACGCCCAAGGUGGCGUUCAUCAUGAUAAGUGUGGCGUGGACGCUGUCCAUCCUUAUCUCCUUCAUCCCCGUGCAGCUAAACUGGCACAAAGCCCAGGCGACCAGUUACACGGAGCUGAACGGCACCUACGGCGAGCUUCCCCCUGACAACUGCGACUCCAGCCUUAAUCGGACAUAUGCCAUCUCUUCUUCCCUGAUCAGUUUUUACAUUCCCGUGGCCAUUAUGUUGGUCACUUACACCCGCAUCUACCGCAUUGCCCAGAAGCAGAUACGCCGGAUCUCGGCACUCGAAAGAGCAGCUGAAAGCGCCAAGAACCGCCACAGUAGCAUGGGAAACAAUGCCAGUAUGGAGUCUGAAAGUUCCUUCAAGAUGUCCUUCAAGCGUGAAACCAAAGUCCUCAAGACCCUCUCGGUCAUCAUGGGCGUUUUUGUAUGCUGCUGGCUGCCCUUCUUUGUCUUGAACUGCAUGGUUCCUUUCUGUAACCCGAACGAGACCUCUGACUUCUUCUGCAUCAGUUCCACCACCUUCGAUGUCUUUGUCUGGUUCGGUUGGGCCAACUCCUCACUCAACCCCAUCAUCUAUGCCUUCAAUGCUGACUUCCGAAAGGCAUUCUCCAUCCUGCUGGGCUGCCAUCGACUCUGUCCCGGCAGCAACACUAUAGAGAUUGUGAGUAUCAACAACAACGGUGGCCCUCCAUCUACUUCCCAGUAUCAGCCAAAGGGCCACAUCCCCAAGGAGGGCAACAACAGCAACUAUGUGAUCCCUCACAGUAUCCUCUGCCAGGAGGAGGAGAACCAGAAGAGAGAGGAUGACUCUGGUAUAAAGACCUUUGAGAAACUGUCGCCUUCCAUGUCAGGCAAUUUGGAUAGCGAUGCGGAUGUCUCGCUAGAAAAGAUAAACCCCAUAACACAAAACGGGCAGCACAAAUCCAUAACCUGCUGAGCAUUGGGUGAGAUCUGACCCCAACAAAGAAUCCUUGUUUCUAUACAGUACGGAAUCCAAAAAAGCUUCACUGAGGACCUUAAAAACAUUUCUUGGACUAAAUGAAACUUGCAGAAAACAAAAGAAUGUUCCAAUUGAAGGCACUUUAUGGUGGAUAACUAUCUGCAAAAUAUUCACAGCAUUUAUUACUGAUGUUACCAGGUCAGUUGUGGCAAGACAUACAUGGAAAGUAAUGUGAAUAAACCAUGUAUGCAUAUGUAUACAUGUUAUGCAUUUAUGCAUUGGUUGUGGUAUAACUGCUGUUGUUAAUAUAAGGACAAGAGUUAGGUCACUAGUAAAAUAUCUUGUAGGUGGGUUUAUGUAAACGGCUCACGAGUAGAGGAAUUUGGUUGCGUCUACUGUCGACAAUAAAAUGUACAUAGUGUUGUUUAUAUUUUUUCACCAUUUAUCAGAGUUGGCUAAGUCAGCAUCUCCUUACGCUGCUAGUUGUGAAAUUGUAUGUGCAAACCACCCCAUAAUGCAACUCGAGAGCAGUAGCUAUUGUCAUCCUAGUCUUCUAUGUGUGCAUUGGUGUGUUGUCAAAAGGAGGAGGAGCAGUGGAUUUUUCUGCUAUGUGAUUUAUCAGCUGUGGAAGUGGCCAUAAUAUUUGGAUGUAAUUUUUUAUAUUUUGAUGUCAAAGACCCCUUCCUUACCCAACCCAACCCAACCCUCUUCCUCACCACCAACCCUUCACAGCACAGGGAAAAUACGAUCCCAGUGGUAAUCUCAUCGGUGGUUACCUACACUUCGAUUGUCAUUAUUCUCAUGCUUUAAAAGGGAUUUUUAUUUUAUUUUAAACCCUGUGCACAAGAGACCUGCCAGGUGUACUUUUAUCCAUCACAGUGUAUUUAAAUGACAGAAGAAGCCUCAUGUGGAUCCUAGUUCUGCUUUUCCUAUAUGAUUCCAUCCACUCUAAAUGUACAAACGUAGUUUCAGGCACCAUGACUGCCUUUAAACAGUUUCUUUUGCCAACUAUUUGGAUGAACUUUGCUCUUGGACAGUGUGAAAAAAUUUAAUUACUGUAACUUAUGCAACGCAUCUGUCCAGCUACCCAGAAAUAUGUUGUCCUUUCCGAAAAAAAACACCAUAAGAAGCACUCUGUAGGUAAUUCUAGAGCCUCAAAGCAUAUCCAGGAUGAAAACCAUCUUGCAUCGUGCAUAUAGUUAUUGUGCAAAAUCCAGCCUCUGAACUGUUGAGUCAGCUGUCAGAUGGGUCGGUGUAUUUAACCAUUUUAAAUUGUUUCUCUCUGGCCAAACAGAAUCUGUGGCGUAUAAACUGCCGUCCUAGUUUUAAUAAUUUCUUGAGCUGUUUUGUUGGGUUAUGCAACUGCCCUUGAUCUAAGUUAAUUCCAGGGCCUACCAUCCAGUGAGCGCUUCCUAUGAACAUCGGGAUUUGACCGAACUGAUACGCUUGAGCUUGUUCUCAGAGUGCAUUAUGGAAAUAAAAAUGCAAGCAAGAUGCAAACCACAACAAAAUUACUACUGUAAAUCAAUCAAGGUAGCUUUCAGAUCACUUUGCCCCUUUUUAGCUGAUCGUAUAAACCCAGAAACUGGGUGACUCUCAUUACUCACAUAGUUCACACUGACUCUAAAGAGAAAGUCUCUCAUAUUUCGCCUUCAGUCAUACCCUGUGCCAAAAUGCUGAGGACAUCAUGAUCAGCAGUAAACAGUAAAUAUGCAUGUGCGACUUGGACAACUUGGAGAGAGAGACUAGAUGAACAGAGACUUCAGUACACAUAUUUGUCUAAAAUUGGACAUCUGCUCCAGGGAAUUUUCCAAAAGACUCUGUUUACUCAUCUGCCUGUCAAAGACCCGUUCUUCACAAUGCUGCUAUGGAAAUAUUCAGCUAUAUGUUUAAUCAGUUCCAGAAACUUCGUCUUAAAUACCUCCACGUUUUAAAUAAUGCUAAUAUUUAACAUAUAUGCUAAGAUUUAAGAUGGUUGGUUUUUAGCAGCAUUCAGUUAAGCAACAUCAGAUUUAUUCUCUCCAAUGAGGUGAUUAGCAUUUAAAAUGAACCUCCGUGACAUUCUGAAAAGUCCCAGAUGCUUCUUUUACUGCAAAUGCUAAGGUAUUCACGGAAUCACGGGUGGUCCUUUAAUUAGAAGUGAAUAAAAUAACAGUGAGCCAAGGUUUU